AUGGCCGAAGCAAUAGGCGUAGCCUCUGGCCUAGUGGCACUGGCUUCGGUCGCUUUGAAGUCUAGUGUUGCGCUCUACACUACAAUUAAAGAAUACGAACACCAUCCGAAACGCGUUCGUGAUCUCAUUGAAGAGCUAGAAGCUUUAAGCAACGUUCUACGUAACCUUGCGCAGAUUGCCGACGCAGUGGCAAACCUCGUCAUACUCGAAGUCCCCUUAAAGCGUUGCGGCCUUGCUUGUACAAAAUUCGAACAGGAACUAGCAAAAUGUUUAGCAAGAUCGGGCGGCGAUCGCAAAACCUUUCGAGGUUGGGCUCGGCUACGAUACAUGGGUGAUGACAUCGACGAGUUUAGGCAGAUGCUAGCUGGCUACAAAUCCACGAUAAGUAUUGCGCUGGCUAUGGUUAGCCUUGAGAACUCCACAGUGACCAUCGAAAAGCUUGAAAGCUACCGGACACUGGUUACAACCACCACAAGCGACCUCGAAGACCACCUACUCCGUAUCGAUGAGAAGCUCGAAACGAUCAUCUCUCGGAACACUGCUGCAUCCAGUCACGACACACCUGAGCUUUUGUCAUUCAAGGAAGAACGUUUAAGCACACAGAAAUGUUUACUAAUCUGCCGACAGCUAUCGGAGCACAUCCACCAGGUCCAAGCGAAUACGCGAGCCGACCUAGGAUCUUUUUCAGAACGAAUUACUCAUGAGGGGUUACAAGAAUGUCAGACUCAGCUUCGUGCCACUGCUGUACAAUUGGAGAAGAAUUUGUCAGACAUCAUUGACCAAUACGUGAUUAAGUCGAAAGAUGGAAUCGUCUCUGACGAUGAUAUUAAGAAUAUGGAAAGACUACGUGAAGAGUGGACGACUGUUAGGCGCUGCAUAGACUUCUGCUCUGAGGCAGAUCAGACUCUAAAGGAAAACAUCAGCAUUAUUGAGAACUACGCUACAGGUGAUGAUGCGAUUCAGUACAUGGUUUCGACUGACGGCAAGACUAUACAUGGCAAAAAUCGUGGGUUCGGGUCUAGACCGAAGCAAGUCGGAGGUCAUCUCAAUGAUGUCUCGUUACAACAGAUCUCGAAAGAUAUUGCGCAGAUGUAUACUGAGACCAUUCAGAGUGCUGUCUCGUCAGCGGAGUCGGCUGUUGGAAUUGAUGUGGAUAGUCCUUCCGAUAAAGAUGUCAGCUCUAACUAUCACAGCCGUUAUGGACGGGGCAAUAGACUCGAACCUAAACCGCCUGCAGAUACCGUCAGAUCUUCCUUUUGA